AUGGAGGGUGCUAAAUCCAACAAGAGAGCAGCAGAAGCUCGUCGAGAGGGGCAGAGCAGCGCCAAGAGGCGGAAUGUCAACGUGGCAGUGGACGGUGGUAAAUCAAACGGGCGACAAGCAGAAGUCCGGCGAGAGGGACAGAGCAGCGCAAAGACGCAGAGUGUCAAUGUGGCGGUGGACGGUGGUGAAUCCAAUGCGCAACAAGCACAAGUUCGGCGAGAGGGACAGAGCAGCAGCACCAAGAUGCAGAAAGUCACCAUGGGGUUGGAUACCCUCGACUGCCCUGUCUGCUCCCAGCCCCUCAGGCCCCCGGUUUUCCAGUGUCCUAAAGGGAAUCUCAUCUGCUCGCCCUGCCGUGACAAGCUCCCGGAAAGCAAGCGCGGUGCUCCUCAGCGCAGCUAUGGUGUGGAGCGCAUCAUUGAGAACACUUUUGUCCCCUGCAAGCAUGGAUGUUUGACGAAGAUCACCUAUUACGACAUAGAAGAACACGAGAGUAGGUGCCCUCUCGGGCCAUGUUUCUGUCCGGUCUCUGGUUGCGGCUUCGUCGGGACAACCGUGCCACUGUUAGACCAUCUCACCACCCUGCACAAGCUGCCAAAGAUGGCAUUCAAAUACUUCGUGCCAUUUGAACUCCCUGCCCAACCAUGCUCUCUUGUUCUCCGCGGUGGAUAUGGUCGUGUUUUCCUUCUCGAAGUGGCAUCGCUGGAGUCCCUGGGCCAUUCAGUCUCACUAGUUUGUGCUGGGCAUAAGGAUUGGCUUGGCACGAUCAGGUGCUCGGUCGGUUUCUCAUGCUUUGAAGGUCACUACCAGGUUUCAUUGUUGGAAAUUGAGAGGUCAUCAUUGUCUAAUGGGUUGACAACGCAAGACUUCUAUGUUGUGCCCAAGGUUUCAGGCGGACAAACUGAUGUCAUGCUCCGGAUCAUGAUCGAUUUGCUCUAUGGUGACGACGAUGUUCCUGAGGUGGAGGAGGACGAUGAAGACAAUAGCUACGUGGAGGGGGAGGAUGAGGAUAUGACAACGAAGUGGAGGAUGGCCAUCACAAACCUGGGGGUGAGGGAGGAUGACAAUGACAGCGACGAGGAGGAUGGGGAUGAUAACGAUGAGGAGGAGGAUGAUGAUAUGGCGAUAAUUGGUACGUCGAGGCGUGGCGUGACAAUCGCAAGUGAGAAGGUGAAGGACGACGGCAAGGAUGAUCGGGAGGACAAUCAGAAUGCUAACUGA